AUGCUAGCUGCCAGGUCCACAGGGCUGGCAGAUUACGGGCCUCCUAUAGCUGCUGCCAGCCCCUAAUCUGCCAUGUGGCCCUAUACCGCCUCCUCAUGCUGCUGCCAAGUCCAGAGUCUCUCAUGGGUCCCUGUACGGCCUCCCAUUGCUGCGUCUCCAUCGCCACACUCUGCCAUCAGUGCCACUUUCAGGUCUCCUCACACUGCUGGUGUGUUCACAUUUUUUGUCAUAGGGUGCUGCAGAUUACGGGCCUCCCAUAGCUGCUGCCAGGCCCCUAAUCUGCCAUGGGCCCCUAUACCGCCUCCUCCUCAUGCUGCU